UGGUCGCACUGUUAAUACGUCACCAACAACAACAAGCGUCUACUGUGGCAGUUGAGAAGCCAAACACACUUGAAUAAUUCAGAAAGGUUAUGUUCACAGAUGUAAUACUCGCAAAUGAUUUAUAGGCCUCCGGACAUUUAAUACUCAUUUCAAAGCUGUUGCAGAUUGUGAAACGUAUUAGGUUGGUUGAAGAAGUAGCUAGCUAACGUUAACUCAGAAGUUAACAAACGUUGCCUGGAUAGCUAGCAAUCUGGCUAGCAACAUGGCCCCUAUAAAUCUUAAAGUAAAGGGCACAACCAAAGUUUCAAUUAGUGGGAUAACAGUACAUGCUCAAAGCAAACAUGGUCAUCGAAAUAAUGUAUUGGCCGAGAGGAAUCAAGCAGUUGCACCUGUUGGCGCCUGGGUGGAGAGUGGACAAGACUACCAGGAGGAUGAGCAUCCAACUGUUCGUGCCCUGCUAACUGAGGAGCUACAGGUGGCGAUGCAACGGGAGAAAGAGGAUAGUCUUCGCCGGUUUCAGGAAGAAGUGCGCCGCCGCGUGGCACAACAGGCUCAAAUCCUCAAGAGGCGGCAGCUUCAGAAGUCAUGCGAGACGGUGGAGCGUGAGGGGAGAGUGCUCCAGCAGUCCAGCGAUGCAGCGCAGAGGUUGACCCCCACGAAGAAUCUGUUCCCCUACUCCCCACAGCGAGAGCUAGCCAUCUGCAGCCCCAACUCUCGCUGGGUCCGACCACAGGGCCAUGAGAGCAGCAACAGAGAAAACAGGACAGAUCAGCAAACGCAUCAGCUCAGCAAAGUCAUGAGGCAGGUCAGGCACAGACUGGCAGCCUGUCAGACGGUCCGAGACGGAGAAGUGAUGUCAGAGCUCCCUGGGGGAAUAUGGAAGGUGUCUCCUACCAGAGAUAAACCUGUAUAUCGGGUGACAAGAGAAGAGGAAGGAGAAGAGGAGGAUCAUGAAGAAGAAGAAGAAGAAGAAGAGGAGGAGGAGGAAGAUAUUCCUUUGAUUGGGCAACACGACUCCCCUCUUCAGAACUUUGAUCCUCACGAGGGUCACAGGAGCAAGACUGUCACCUUUGACAACAAUCCGGUGUGUCCGAGGCUCUUUAGUGAGCCUUAUCCUGCAGGUCAUAGUAAUGAGUUUAGUACUGACCAUAGAGCUACUCAAGUGCUGUGGCCUCAAGAAGACCAGGAGGAACUGAAGAGACAGCGUCAGUCUCAGUUUCUGAUGUACCGGCGCCUAGUCAUGGACAUUGAGAGAGAACAAGUCAAGGAGCAUCAGAGACACAGGAAGCACCUGAGGAGAAUCGGAAGGAUAAAAGCAGAAAAGGAACAGAAGAGGUUGGAAGAGGAGAGGAAGCUGGAGAGACUGCAGCAGCUGGAGGAGGAUAGACUGGAAAUGGCUGAGAGGGAAUUUCUAAUUCUGGAGCGACUGAGACUUGAGGAAGAGGAGAGGGCAGAGGUGUUAGAGAAGAAAGAGAGAGGAAAGAAAGAUAAAGAAGCCACAAGGUACAUCGAGGCUCUGAGAGCUCAGAUGAAGGAGAGGAUAGCUCUGGAGAAUACAGAGCUCCCUCCUCUCUGUUGCUGCGGAGACAGUUUCUGGGACUCCCAUCCUGACACCUGCGCAAACAACUGUGUCUUCUACAACAACCCUAAAGCCUAUGUCCAGGCUCUGCAGUCUGCGCUGUUGAGCUGUGAUCUCAAGGACGGCAGCCACUCCACUCACCAGCGGGCCUCGGCUCGCCAGAUCGCCUCCAUGCACGCCCUUUCACCCAGGAAGGAAACCACAGCUCACAGGAAGUUAGCCGCCUCGCACAGGAGCAAAAAAAAAGAGGACAUUUGAAUUUCAGCCCUCUUUGUUUUUUAAAAUCAAUAAUGACCUUUAAACAUGUCGUUUUGUCAUGCUAUUGAUUUUGAAUCAAACCUUGCCGUCUCUCACUCUUGGAUACUUAUCAGUUGUUAUUCCUUGAAACGUGAUGUAAUUUAUUUUGUAUGGUUUUAUUUUAAUUAUCUGUCUUUAACUAUGUCAAAGAUGUACACUUGGUUUUACUCUGUCCUUAAUUGCUGAAAAAUUGCUGAUUUAAAAACCUGACAUUUUAUCUUUUGAACCUCGGGAUGAUGCUUCAGUGGUGUUUUUUAGUCCUAUAAUGUAUUUUGGAUGCAGCAGUGGGCGUAAUCAUGGUAGUAUCCUAAUCCUUCUUAUUACAGUAUAUAUUAUUCCAUUCCUAUGGAAAAAGUGUGGGCUGAAAAUGUUGUCAGCUGGUUUAAAAUUAGUAAUUUUUUUUUAUAUCAAGGUAUUAUUAAUCUGUUACUCAUUGCAUUGUUAGGGUGAUUUGUCACUGUUUCCUAUCGCACGCAGUAAGAUGAGUGAAUUUUUUUUUUUGUGUUCACCAAAACUGAAUGAAUGUAAAAGGCCUUCCUACAUGAUAAAAAUGCUAAUGUUUAUUCAUGAAAAAUGAGAAGCUAAACUUGUAGGAUACAGUGCAUUUGGAAAGUAUUCAGACCCCUUGACUUUUUCCACAUUGUGUUACCUUACAGCCUUAUUCU